AUGGUUACGGAUGAUAGCAUUCGGGAAACGUAUAUGAUGUGUAAAGAAGUAAGGCUAAUCAAUCCAGAUGAACCAAGAAAAACAUCAAAGGCCUUAAUUUUCUUCGAUACAGGAAGUGAUUGUAAUUAUGUUACAGAAUCAAUGGUAAGCAAAUUGAGUUUAAAACAAACAUCACCGAGUUUGGGAAUGUUAAUAACAGGAAUGGUGGGCACAAGGAAAUACGAAAGCCGAAAGAUAACCUUCGGAGUUCAAACUCUGUCCGAGAAUGUGAAGAAUAUCCAAGCGUACAUUGUCGAUUCAAUACUCGAACGGAUACCGUAUGUAACAAACAAUAAAAGAAACAAACUAGUUGAAGGCGUAGAAGGGAUUGCAGAUUUAAUCAUUUGUAAUUCCAUAAAGCGCUCACCACGGAUGAUUAUGAUGGAAACAAAAAUAGGGGUGGUCGAAGGCGGCACACGGAAAACGACACAAGAUAGUGAUACA